CAUUCACGUUUUGUGCUUUCUUCAUGUUUAUUACGUUGUGAAAUAGUGUGAAGUUCUUCAUAAUAAACAUGGUAUCUUGUUGAAAAUUUAGGUGCCAUCUGAAUGUAGCUCUCGGUAGUCGCCGAAUAUGGAGGGAAAGUUAUAAUGUUUACAAAAUGAUACUAUUCUGACGUUAGGCAUUACCUGCCAAGAUUCCAAGAAUUCAGAGGGUUAUUCAUUUCUAAAAUGGAUGGUAAUAUGGUAUUGAAAUGCCCUCUUUGCUGCGACAAAACUUUUAGUUCUAAGCCGGCACUUAUAAACCACUUGACAAAUACUUUUGAAAACAUUACUUGUCCUAGCUGCAAUAAAAAGUGGUCGAAUGUGGACCAACUUAUUGAACAUUUGAGCUUAGAUGAUUGCCAGCCAGAGAGUGAAGUAAUAGACAUAAGGUUUGAUGAUAAUACUGAGAAUGAUAAUAACAGUGUUGGUAGUUUCAAAGAAACAGAAGUGGUAGCUUGUACAAAAGAAAAUGUGGUUCAAAAAGAAUUGAUGGAUCCAAUAUCAUCCACUAUAAAGGAUAAUACCAUAGAUACCGAAGUGGGUUCCAUGUACGUAGAAUUACUGAGCAAGCAGCUCAUGAAGCCAUGUCUUCAAACUCAGGAGUUGAAACUGGUGAAAGAUGGUGACGUUAGUAGGUACGUCAUCGUGACAGAUGACAUGAACAUGGAUGUUGAUACGGACAAUGCUGUGGUCACAAAGCAGAAUAAUGAUGGAACUAUUUCCCUUACUACAGUGAGAGACAUGAAGCUAGAGUCAGAGACAGUGAUCACCCAGGAUAACUCGGAGGCUAUGGAGAGUCAAGAGGAGAUCUACAGCUGCAACACCUGUGGAGUCUCCUUCACAUCUGUUUUGGAACACAUACAAAAUUACCAUAAUGAUCAGGAUGUUGUUGUUGAGGAAUCCUUGGAGGAAGGCAAUGCAGAUGCAUCAGGAAAUAUUUCAUUAGAAUUCGAAGAUCAUAUGCGGCCGGAAGACAACCCGUCUGAGAAGCAGACAUCCCGACGGAUGAUCACCGAAACUGGAGACAUUAUUGAAGAGCCAUUAUAUUUGAAAACCACGUCUAUUUCACUAGCAACAGCAGAUACGACAAAACCAGCUCAACCGCAUUUGAAGGAAGAGCUCGUAGACAAGGAUGGGCGGGUGUACACACGUCGAUACGUCAUGGUGGACAAGUUCUGUGACAGUGUUGUCAAGGAUAUCAACGAGCCCGGAGAAAAUGGCGGUCCGUAUCAUAAAGUAGUGAUAAAAGAGAUGGAGGCGGAAGGCGGGGAGAAGAUGAAGGUGUUCAACUGUAUGUCGUGCAACAUCUACGUGUCUUCUUUGGAGGACUUCAAGUUGCAUCCUUGUAAAACAUUGAAGUACACAUGUCCGCACUGUCCAGUGUAUUACGAGAACUCCAAAUCUCUCUGCGCUCAUAUGAAAGUCCACAAGACUAAAGCCGAUGUGCCACCUCCGCAGCCUAUAUCGUUCGAGUGUGAAAUAUGUGCAACGAUAUUCCCAACAAAUAAAUCAUUGAAACUGCAUAAACGGAUGCACGACCCUAUUAAAUCACGCCCCAUAGACCCGCCUGUAGAGGGCGCUGAGGGCGGCGAAGUAUCAAACGACAAGUUCCUAUGUUCGAUAUGUGAUAAGCUGAUACCAAUAGACUACCGCGUCAUACAUCAGAACUCCCACAAGGGCAUCGAUAAGUUCAACUGCGAUAUCUGCAAUAAGAAGUUUCAUUCCGGAGAGUAUCUUGAAAUGCAUAUGAGUGUGCAUUCGUUAGAUAAGGUGACAGUAAGCAAACAGGACAAAUCUCUUCCCUACACAUGUUUAUACUGCGACAGACGGUUCGCGCGGCCGCAUGAAAAAGUUAAACACGAAAGGAUACAUACAGGAGAGAAGCCUCAUACGUGUGAUAUAUGCGGCAAGUCGUUUCGCGUGUCCUACUGUCUGACUCUGCACAUGCGUACACACACUGGCGCUAGGCCUUACGCGUGUUCACACUGCGGGAAAAGGUUUAAAGCCCACAGUGUGUUCAACCACCACCUGCUGACUCACUCUGAAGUUCGCGCGUACAAGUGUCCAUACUGCCCGAAAGCUUUCAAGACAUCAGUCCAACUGGCAGGGCAUAAGAACUCGCAUACCAAGCCUUUCUCAUGCCAACAUUGUAAUCGCCCAUUCGCAUCCCUGUAUGCGGUGCGCGUGCACACAGAGACGCACUCGCGGCAGAAUAACCUGAAGUUCUCGUGUUCGCUGUGCGGCGCGAGCUACGCGCGGGCCUUCGCGCUCAAAGACCACAUUAAGCAGGUGCACGACAAGGAAGCCGAGAAGGCUGAUCACUUGACGGCGAUCAAAGAGGACGACUGGAUAGUCCAGCAGAGCGCUGAUGCUGACGUCGAGGAGGUACAGAUCACUAAGGAACUGCCGCACGGACUCGAGAUAAGUGAACUGGGAAUUAUCAACUCGAACGAACUCACAGUUCCAUAGUAGUAAACAAAAUGUGAUAGACAAUGUAGCUAAGCCGAUUUAAUGAAGUUUUGCCAAUUUGUUAUAUACUUAGAUAGGUUAGUUAGGUAAAGUCGGGGAGCUUGCACUGAACACUGGAGGCGAGAUUUGAAGCCGAGUACGUAUGAAUAAAAUAUAGGGAUAGGGACCUCUUUAAUAAAGUUGUUAAGUGCAAUUGCAAACACAAUUACAUAUUGAUGUUCAUUUUGGAAGUUAAUAUCUGAAUAAUUCUGCAUUUUUCUUCGCUGCAGUCGGGUAAAAAAGGAUGUUGUUAGGAUAGAAGCCAAUAGCUUAAAACCUAGUUUUGUAGUUUUUAAAAACCAGCAGGGUCAGUAUGACAACAAUAUCGAGGGCUUAUAUUAUAGCAUUACAUUACAUUAAAGCAAUUCGUCUAAAAAUCAAUAUUGUAAUUUGACGAUUGCGCUAAUAAAAGAAAGUGCGCAACGUCAUCAAAAAUGUUGACAUUUGUUUGCUGUUGUUUUUCUAUUUGAAUAGAAAUAUUGCAUUUUUGCAAUGUGGCCUUUUUAGCCUUUAUGUUUUUAGAAGCUGCCAAUUUUGGUUAUAUACUAUUGGUGCAACAACAUCCCAACAAUAAAUUGCGACAUAACGUGAUCUUUCUAAGUUGUUGGGCGCAAGAGUCUCCCCUCUAGGUUCAGUCCAUGUUCGUAGGCAAAUAUUAUGGGCAUUUUGUGGUACAGCACUAAUUGUAUAUAACUCUUGAACUAUCAGAAUUUGGAAAAUGUCUACUAAUAUAGAAAUAAAAAGACAAAUUGCAAUUUUUAAAAUCUCUCUAAAUCAGGAAAUAUGUGAGUGGCUCUAUUGUUUGGUAUCAAAAAUUGCUAUACGGAAUUGAUACUGAAUGAAGGCCUUCAGCGCUUCCCGUUUGUCCGGCCAAUGCUGUCAGUGGUAACUCUACAAUUGGUAUUGGUGGGCCGAUUUCCGCAACUCGACGUCUGAGCGCCUAUUUUGCGUGAUACCUGAAACUGCUGGAUUACUCCAGCCAGCCUAAUUCCCCAAGGAAGUCUAACAAUCCUUUGACGUUGCUGACCACCUCAGGGAGGCACCCCGGCAGGCCGAGGUGCCUGGCCCGGUAGUUGAGUCCUCCACACUCCAGCAGAACAUGAGCCGCUGUCUCCUCCGCCUCCAUGCAAAAACUACAAUAUGUUUUAUCUUAUCUAGCCUACUUGAUCCUACUGCUGGGCAAACGCCGCCCAUUCUUCCACUCUUCUCGACUCUGUGCAAUCUCCGGUCAAUCUCUCCGGUAAGCGUUGAGGUCAUCACACCAUCAAUACGGCACUUCAUAAAACGCCACUACACUAUCACUAUUGAUUAGAUUAACCUUUCGAACGCCGGAACGCAGAUCUCGACCAGACACAAUGUAAAAUCUAUUGCGUCUUGUAUCUCGGCAGAUGAGAGGUUAAUUGAUAUUUUUUCCUAUAACAUUAUAAGGUAAAACAAAACUUAAAAUUGUUCAGGGUUAACUUUACUUCUGUAAAUAUAGUAUACAGUAGACGGCACAAAUAGUGCGGAAAUGAGGGGCUUUCCAUGUUACGUUACUCAAAUCUAUAUUAGAUGGCGCUGUAAAGGGUUUCCUUCGUUCAAUCGUCUAAUUUCACGGAUAACAAACUGCAUCUUUUAUCUUUGGUUUUGGGUAUAAAUGACCCUUUUCAUUACGCUUAGGCACAAUUACAUCUUCCAUCCAUUAUCUGAUCAAAAUAAAGAGAAGCAAUACAAGGUAGCAACAUAAUUCUAUACAUAACGUGAUACAAAUAUCAAGCAACAAUUAUUUUACAAUACAAUACAAAAAUGUUUUUUUUAUUGCACAUAUAAACUCAACACUAAAAACAAUUACAAAAGCGACAAGAGAAGUACAAUCGGCGGCCUUAUUGCUAAAUAGAAAUUUCUCCCAGGCAACCUUAGGGCAACCUUACGUUAAUGUAUGCUUCUGCCAUAACAUUGUAUUUUUGAAUAAUUAUGUGCCCGAGUAUUGAGAAAAUAGGUAAUUAUCGCGUUAAAUCAUCUCGACAGCGCCAUCUAUACUAUUUUUGGGGAACGUAGUCUGGAAAGUCCCUCAUUGUACGAUAUUAAAAUAUAAAUUAAGCUUAUAAGGCCCAGCACCCGUGGCGCGAAUUAUAUCGAGGGUCUCGACCAAUCGUCGUACGACGUUUAUCCACGUACGGUCACGAGGAUUAAUAUGUAUACACUUUGGUACCAUGUCACAUUAACUUUUUUGACAAAUUGAACUGUAAGUCUCACUAAAUGUCAAACAUGUUAGUGCGACAGAGUCCGUACAUUAUAUUGCUCAUGACUGUAGAUGUCAUUCGCUGUGUCUAUUGGUCGAAACUCUCGAUAUAAUUCGAGCUGCGCGCGGCAGGGUUGCCAUGCAGAGCCCGCAGAAGUCUAGAAAAAGUUUUUUGUAAAACAAAACCGUUUUUAAGUCUCAAACAAAUACAUAUUUUAAUGAUUUAGCGCUGACUAUCGAAUCAAAGCAAUAGUAAUUAAAGCAAUUAGGUAUUUUUCCGCUUUUAAUAUAAAGCCAAUGAUAUUAUUUUUACACAUGUUGCAUAUUGACAAUAUUGUACUAGUGUCGUUGUUAGUUUAAUAUUCCAUAACACAAUGUAUUAUAGAGACAAGUUUUACUGUAUAAUACGUAUUUCGUAAGUUGUUUUCAAUGUACUGUGAAACUGAAUUGAUUGAUAAAUAUGUUACUAUUUCUGAUAGAGAAUAUGUCACAGUUUUGGUGUAUUGUUAUAAUUAUGUAAAAUAUAUUAUACCAUUUGUAAUGUGUAUUCGUAUUUUUUUUAUGGCGAGCUGUUUUUAGUGCUACACGACAAGUCCAAUAUGUCGUCACAAUCAAUUGAAAAAUAUUCAUUACCAAAUUGAUAACCUUCUUCAUUUUUGAAGUCGGCUAAGAAGGCAAAGGCCUUUAGUUAUUUAAAGUGCUCAGUUAAAUACUCCCAGGCAAAAGCAUCCUUCGUCUCUUUUAGUCUUCGAUCUUUUUAAGUCGCCAUUUUUGUUGGAAGGUAUCUGGCUCGUCGUCGCACUCAUCUACAACCUAUGGAAUCUAGUAAACGUAUAUAUUAGUUGAUUGUCCUGAUAGCAUUAAAUUGUGACAUAUGUGACCCAGCGCUACAUAGUUGAAAUAAAUAAAAAACACCCAUAUUUUGUUACGUGUUAGUACCAAGUAACUUAAAUUCAUGUUAUUAAUUUUGGCAUCUACUGCUAGCUUCGUGAAUUUUCCAUAAUUUGUUGUUUGAAUUUGGAAUCUUGGGUUUGUCCUUUAAGAACAGUGUAAACUCAUCUGGGGCGAGUAGCGGGAACUUUAUGAUACUGCGGGUUUGGUGGAUUUCUGUAUAUAAGAGUGCCUAUAUAAUCUCAAAUUUUACAAUAAAAAAGUUUGCUACUGGUACGCUUCCCGUCUCGCUUGUGUGUGCAUUGAGCUUAAUUAUAAAUAAUCGGCAUUAUAUUGGUUAACCACGGAAUUAUACUUAAUGAGUUUGAUUUCAUUUUUGGAUAAUAGAUAAUCACGUAGUUUCUCGGCCUCUAUUACAUGGAAAGAAAGAAAAAAAAUAUUUAUUCGACAUACUUAUUGUUUUCACAUAUUAAAACAAAAAAAUACAAUUAUGAAUGUAUGCCGAAACGGUUCCACCUCAGCAUAAUGCCAUAGCCUAGACUAUGGGACUUAAAACACAGUGAGGAGCGGGUGUUCUAUACACCUCUGCCUACCCCUUCGGAGAUACAGGUGUGAUGCUGUGUAGUAUUUACUAUAUUGGUUGUGAUGUCAAUGUAGCACUAAAUACAGCUCUACUCGAAGUUUUACUAUCACAGGAUUUUGGAAGCUGAAACCAACAACGAACGGAUUACCUAUAUAUAUAAUAUGAUAUAAAUAUACUGUCACAUUAACAUACUUGAAAGUUUUGAAUUGUUCAUAAAAAAAACUGUAUAGUAUACAAAUAAAUAGUCAGCUAUCAACUAUAAAUCAACCAUAUAUAAAAAUAGUCAACUAUUGUGUGAUAUAGUAUUAAUGUUGUAGAUUCGAGGUUGUCACUGUAACAAAAUAUUAAAUAAGUUAUAUAUACCGCCUUUUAAACAUCAAUUCGUUUUAUUAUCUGAAAAUAAAAUAAAGAUGUUUUGUGUACGGAAACUUAUAGCAAGUAUCAGACGUGGAUAGUUCACAAAAUUCGUCGAUCGAAGUUACCUCGACAAUGUUGUAUCGUUAACUUCGUAUUUUUGCAUUGUUUUAAGUUUACGCGGUUAUUAUCAUAAUUAAAACACAUGAUAAUGGGUUCUUACCGCGUUUAAAGUAGGGAUAUGAGACUGCCACUGGGACUGGGAGUCUUAUAUCCCUACUUUAAACGCGGUAAGAACCCGUUAUUAUGUGUUUCGUAUUUUUGGUCGAGAAAAUCCGAAUUGAUGUAAAGGAAUGUGGUUUAUUAUUGAUUAUUUAUGAAUUUUUUUUAUGCGAUUAUUCAUAUUUAUCAAACUACUGGUAGCUGAGUGACAAAAUAGACAAUAGCCUUCUUUUUUAACUGAACUGGUGCCUCAAUAUUACUUCCUUUACAUAAUAUAUAUACUUUAGAUUUUAUAUCUAUGGCAUUGAUUUUAGAUAUAAAUUUGUAUCUAUUAUUGUAGUUAUAAGGUCUGCAAAAAUCAAAUAAUUAUGAGGAUAUCUGGAAAUAAAAAAUAUGAUACAUUU